AUGCGUUCUUUGGUGGAAGGACUAACGCCGCACGCCUUUACUACGACAUCUAGCCAGAAGAGAAGAUCCGCUAAGUGGAUUUCCGCUGCCUCUACCCAUGGUAUUUAUCUUGUUAAAAACUUUUAACUCAAACGUGGUUGUCGUUAACCUUCUUAAGCAAUUUUUAGGUGUAAAAAAUACGGCGAGUAUCUUAUUGGCCAUCGUGAGAUUAUCACUGAGAACUUACAACCUAUCAGUGAGUACUUUGGUUUGGUGAAAUGUUCUGUGCUUCCUCCUCGUGCCCUAUACCACCCCGCCCUCCCUUACCGUACUCAGGGUAAAUUGAUGUUCCCGUUGUGUCGUACCUGUCGUGACAACAUUCAAUAAGAACCCUGCCGUCACAGCGACGCUGAGCGAACACUUCAUGGGACGUGGGUGACAUUGGAGCUCGAGAAAGCACUAGAGAAAGGCUACAAAUUGGUGAGAAUCGACGAAGUUUGGCACUGGUCGUCGCCGCGUUCACCACAGCCCACGCUUGCCUCAAGCUCUGCGGUAUCCUGGAGCGCGCAGUUAAAUCUACCAGUCUUGUAUUUUGACACAGACUCUAUGAUCUAUGUUGCAAAAGAAGGCGAAUGGGAGCCAUCGACGGAAUCUUACUUUGGUGAACUAACAGAUGAGUUCGAUGUAGGUCCCAUUACCACCUUUGUGUCGGGAGGCCCUAAAAACUACGCCUAUGAGACGAACAAUGACAAAACAGUAUGCUAA